GUAAUUUUUAUGGACCCAUUACGUUUUGCCACCCCUGACAAGGGGGGAAAAAACAAAGGUAAGUCGCCAUUCUGGGGAAGCAAUUCAGCUAUGGCGUGCGUCGGCCUCAUUUUGCGACUCUUGCACCUUGCAAAGAAGCUUGCCGCUGUUGCUACUCCUCCAGCUAGCCUUCACGGCCAAUAGCCCCAGCUGCUUGACUGCUCCGGCUUAGAUCUUCGACCAGUUCGACGCAUUCCUCUGACCAGAGUUUCUAUCGUAUUGACACAUCUGUGAAAGAAAGACUCCACCUUGAUAUUUCAUCAAACAUCAGGUGUGCGCUACAGUAUGCUAUGUUUCAUAUGCCCUGGGGUACGCUUCUGUACACAUUUAGGAAUAACAUGAGAGGAUCAAAAUUGAGCAAUAAAGUGCCAAUAUUUGUUUCUCAAGAUAAAGC